AUGGGUGACGAGUGGACAUGCACUCUCCAAGGCCGGAUCCUGUCCCUGAAGCAGGACCCCUCGUAUCUCCAUUACCGGGUUACCUGGCCAGAACACCAGGGUGCUCGCCCGCCGCCGCCGCCGGCCUGCAAAGUCAUCGAUGAACACAAACCGGAUGACACAGAGGAGCUGCUUAGACGAUACUUCAGUUUGAACCUCGAUCUGGGCGCGCUAUACGACCAGUGGUCAAACUCGGACCCUAAUUUCCAGAAGAAAGCGCCAGAAUUCAAGGGGGUGCGAAUCCUCAGCCAGGACGUCUGGGAGGCCCUGAUAUGCUUCAUAUGCAGCAGCAACAACAACAUCAGUCGAAUUUCUCAAAUGGCUCAUAAACUAUGCACCCAUUACGGGCCCCUCAUCGGCUACGUUGAUGGAGAACCGAUGCACGACUUUCCUGGUCCCGAAUCUCUUACCGGCAAAAGAGUCGAAGCCCACCUGCGAGAGCUAGGGUUUGGGUAUCGUGCCAAAUAUAUCGCGGAUACAGCUCGCGCGAUUGCCCUCGAGAAACCAACAUCGUGGCUGGAAUCGCUGCGCAACCCUCGACACUCUGGGCCCCGACUCUCAUCCAGCGCGGGCGGUGGCAACCCAACAUACAGGGAAGCCCACGAGGCACUGCUGUCGUUAACUGGCGUCGGGCCGAAAGUCGCUGACUGCAUUGCCCAAAGAGAUUACAAAUUUGGCAAGUCAAAAGCAAAGACGUUUAACAAGGCGACGUAUGAUGCCGUCGGAGACCAUUUUCGGAGAAUCUGGGGCGACUACGCAGGAUGGGCACAUUCGGUAUUGUUUGCGGCUGAUCUUCGAGAGUUUUCAAGUCGUAAAGGAAAGACUCAAGUGGUGGAAGUUCUCGAACCGGUCCUGGUGAAAUCCGAGACACGGGAAGAAGAAGGCGUAUCAAACAGACCUAGAAAGAGGCGAUCGGUUGUCGAUGCGAAACUGAGAAACGGCACGGUGCUUGGAGAUGCAACAGAGUCCAAAGUCGUCGAGACGAUCCCGUCGCAAAAGCGCAGGAAGACCAAGACGAGGUGA